AUGUCUUUCCCCUCUGUCUUUCACGGUAUUUAUGCGGUACCUUGCAGCUUGGGUGCAAUCAUUACUGGAGACAGGAAUGGUUCUGCGUCACAGUGCUCCGUGACUGCCCCGGAUCAGUACAAGUCCUGCCUCCCAAGAUGUUUCAGACAGCUACAAUCUACAGCGACAUCAGAGAAUACAGCCGGUGGUUACCAACUUCUACAGAAUCUGCAUAGAAGUAUUUUUGCCUUACUAGCUAAGCUUAUGGGUGUGCUCUUACAGUAUGCGCUCGAAGUUGCCUGGAUCCAACCUCCCAACCCUAAGGGACCGACAACGAAGAAGGGACGGGAUGAUCUUGAACUUUUCAGUAUCGGCAGGAUGCCAUUGCAAAGCCGACGCGAAGCGUGGUUGUGGCGUCAUAACAAUAUGGAAGUGGAGGGAGCCUGCGUCGGUUACAUGGUAUCCCUGCAUGUUCCCCUGAGUGGCUUCAGCACAUCAUCAUUUGCCAUGAUAAUGGCCAGUCAAUUCGACGUCGUCCUGAGCAAGCAGCUACCGGCGCUUUCCGCGACUAGUCGAUGCCAGUAUCCAUUUGCCUGCAGAUCCGAUGCUUCCACCGACCACCGUUACUUCUCUCCAGACCCCCAUCCGGCUUUCCGACGGCCUCCUCUGCAUCCCCUCACAAAGCAAGCGGAGACCUGCCUGAAUAGGGAGAGUUUUUUCAAUGAGCCCACACGCAGUUACCUCGCUUCCGCAUGA